AUGUAUACUAUUUUAAUGGAAACGCGCGGAAAAGACAGAGUGGCAUUACAAGUCUGUGAGAUAAAACUUAGGAACUUGAUUAUAACAGCAACUCUGGAGAACUCAGUCGCACAGUUGUCAAUGCCUUUGCGCGAUGCCAACGCGGCUGCUGCGAGUGACAGCGAUAGGCGAGGAGUUCAGAAACCAGCCCACAGAAAAUAAAGGGUGGAAGCUUUAUGGAACUCUCCGCAGCGCACUGAGCGCAGCAGUCUCUCACCUGACGAGACGACCGUAUCUUGGUUUUGACUAGCUCAAGGAUUUCACUUUUGUUUGUAUUUUUGGUGCAUGUUUUUAAUACGCGACUAAUCAUGAAUCAUUUUAAACCCCAAGUGGAAGCAUGCCCAUCCUCAAGAACCUCCCAGCGCGGCUGAAGGGAGGCAGCAGGGUGAACGGGGAGUUGGAGAACACGCGUGGCGAGCUGAUCCUUCGCAAAAUGAGCCUGAACCUGAAAUCCAGCGCCUUUGAGGAGCCCAGUGUCAAUGAGAAAUGGGCUCAGGCAAACUCACUCCUGGACGGGGGCGCGCCACGAGACCGUAACCCCUUCGAAGACGAGGAGGAUGAGAACGAGGCGAACGAGGAGAGACGUGGCGGGAAGAGUUCGUUCAAGGGCACCCUGGACCGUAUCCGAGGCGUCUCCCCGCUGAAGACUCUGGGCAAGCUGAGCAAGGGGCUCCGUAUGUCAGGCCGCAGUAAGGGCACUGCCACCCCUUCCCCUCAGGGGUCCGUAGCAAGCACCCCCACCUCAGAGAAGAAGAAGAAGGGCCGACGGAGCUCAGAGGGAAGCUUACUCAGAUUUGCAGGGAAGUGCAGGGAGAGCCUUCGCAAGGAAAGCCUGCCCAACGGGGAGCUGUGCUCAGAGAGCGAGGGGGGCGACUCUUCCAGCCGCCGGCUCUCCUUCAUGAAGAUGGUUGGCCUGGGUAAGCUGAAGAGGGAGUCCGUGGCCGACCACUCGUCUCAUGAAGAGGAGGUGGUGGAGGAGGAAGUGGUGGAGGAGGUGAAGCCAAGGGAGCCCCUCUCAGUUCUAGAAAUUCUGCAGCUGGUGACUAAGAGAGACCUGUUCCUGGCUGACACACACAUCCUGGAGCUGGAGCAGGAGUGUAACGAGGCGGCCGCUGCGACCCUGCCCUCUUCGCCAGCAGGUGGUGCUGUCCCAGAGGACCUCAACAGCCCCGGGAGCAAAGACGGCGGCAGGCGCAAAGCUAAAGACGUGGAGCUGCUGUACGAAGCCCUGCAGAAGGAGCUGUGGGCGGUGGUGCGUGAGUCACUCCGCUCCCCUACGGCGGGGCCCAACCUGGGGCUGGUGGUGCAGGUGCUGCAGCAGGAGGAGCAGGCGGACCGGGACUGGGCGCAGGGUGAGGGGGCGCUCCCCGGAGGCCCCAGACCCAGGCAGCUGAAGCAGCAGUGGAAGGAGGCGUUGGCGGAGGCAGCAAACGGGAGCCUUCCCCAGAGGAACGAGGCCCGGGGCGGGGAGCUGGCGGACUACCUGGACAGGGUGCGGACCCGGGUGGUGGAGGACCUGGGGGCGGCCAAGAGGAACGUGGUGCCAGUGUACCCAGAGGAGUAUGAACCCUUCCAGGUGUACCUACAGAGCUACCACCAGGCGGUGGCCCGCAGACUGCAGAGCAUCACAGACGACCAGCUGCUGAUUACUGAUAUCUACUCUCUGCUGGACUGGCUCUACAACAUCUAUAACAAGGAUGUCCUUGGAACAGUCAGCAUGACGAUGCCCUUCAACAGGUCCAAGCUGGGGCCACUGUUGCCCUCGGAGACCGUGGACAAACUGGAGCUGGACUGCCUCAACUCCGUCAGGGAGAAGGUGACCACAGAGCUGUCUCAGGUGCUGGACGAGGAGGAGAAGCGUUGGAUGGAGACGCUGCACAUCGAGGAGUAUCAGAUCACACUAGCUCGCACCGUCAUCCAGAGGCUGCAGGUAGAUCUUGAACAGUCGGCUGCCAUCAACAGAAACCUGGGUUCCCGUGUGGCUCAGUGCAGUCUGAAUGGUCUAGCUGACUUCCUGUACAGCUUCCAAAGGAAAGUGGAGAUGUUCCACGAGUGUCUGGUCAACAUGGUUGGGGAUAACGAGGACGGAUAUGUCUCCAAGACCAUCGCCCUGGUCAACUGCUGUCCCCCUUUCAGGGGUUUUGUCCAGCGCUGUGUGCAGUGUGACCCUGCCAUCAGUGAGGACUCAGCCAGGCGAGCAAACACUUCCUUGGACCGAAUAGUCAACCAGGGAGUGAAGGUGCUGAGCGACAGACUGUAUGAGCGCAUAAGGCCCUUCUUUGACAAGCUGGUGAAGAGGAAAUGGCUGAACAACACAGAGACCUAUGAGCAAAUCGAGUCCCAUAUUAAGGAACACUUCAAGAAGUUCCGCCGGGUGGACAGCCCACCCUAUCAGGUCCUGGUGGGAGAGGUACAUAGAAGGGUUCUGAUGGAAUACCUGCGCUCCAUCAUGAGGGGGAGGAUCAUCUGCACGUCACUCAGAAUGAGGAAGAGGAUGGCGGGGCGACUGCGCGACGAGGGCAAGCAGAUCGAAGUGCUCUUCAAAGAUCUGGAAUCUCCCUCCUCCUGGCUGGACAGUGCUAUCCCACACCUCUCUGAGAUCAUCCUCCUGGAAGACAUCCCCUCCAUCCAAAUGGAGGUGGGGGUCCUGGUGAGGGAGUUCCCAGACAUUCGGAAGAAACAUGUGUCGGCCAUCUUGAACAUCCGGGGGAUGACUCGGCAGACGGAGCGCCAGGAGAUCCUGAAUAUCGUGAAGGACAUUGAGAACAGUGACACACUGACACGGCUGUCCCGCGACCGUGCCCUCUUCUCCGAGGUGCCCGUCACAUCCGAGGUGCACUGCCUGAACUUGGGCCUGAGCCGCAUCGCCCUCACUGCCUCGUCCUGCUUCUCCAGCCUGAGACCACGCCGCACCAAGAGGGCCCCGGUCAGAGAGGCGUACGACGACAUACUCUAACGGCCCCAACCGCUCUGGAAACGUUCUGAUGACUCAAGCAGACAGACAGCUGUUUAACAGCAAGUCACAAUGGAGCUCGUUGUCAUGUUCUGCACAUGGUGCCGAUACCAGGGGCAGACAGCACAACACAUUUUGAAGUGGAACAACACAUGGAAAGAAUAGCCAUGUUGUGACCUUUCACCUUUCACAGCCAUCUAGAUAAAGAAAGUGUGACGGCUGUUUCCCUUGUGAGCGAUAUGCCUAGUCCUUGCUCAUCUAGAGAAAGACUGGGGAAGAGCUUUCAUAAGUGCAAAUUUAAAAAUACCAAUUUAAGAGAACUUUGUGGACUUGAAUCUCUGUGGUUUGUUGGUAUUGACUCCUUUUGACAAAGGGCAGUGGAAAGAGACACAAGCAACAUAUUGGGGAAGAUUCUUAAUGCUGCACAUACUGUAUGUGACUAUGAGGGUUACAUAGGAACUAUGGUUUAAAUCAGUACUACUGAUAAAGAGCACUGUUUGGAAAAAAUAAAUCAAAAUGUCACAUAUAAUCUCAUAACGUGCUGACAUUGAUAUGGGUAAAGUUGGAGUCUGUUUUAUAGUUGCACACGAUAAAGGCUCGAUCUAAGGUACUACAUCAUUUUUAUUAUAUAUCAUCUCUGUGCUGAUUUUCAUUGUAUUUAAAAUAAAAGAUUCAUAGUUUAUUUUCACUUUGUGAUAUACAGUAUAUGGGCUAAUGUAUGUUGAGCAACUCAAGAGAUGAUUGAAGCCUGUGUGAAUGGAUGACAUCAUAACAAGCCUAUUUAUGUACCAAACCAAUGAACGUAUUUAUUGUCGUGUGGUUUGAUUGUCUUGUAAUCAAUGUCAAACUCUAAAUCCCAGUCAAACUAAUGUAUAGUCAUUUCAAGCAUGUGUUUUCUCCAGGUUUUAUCAAAUGCUGAGACCCUGACUAAAAUAAUCUGACAGCCAUCAUUGAAGAUUAAGACAAAGAUUAUUUUCAGAUGUGUACUUUUACCUCUGUAAAUUAAACAGUUAAUAAUUACUGUUAUUCAUGAUUGUUGAUCAUUUAAAUAUUGUAAUCCUCAGAUAAUUAGAUUGAUACUUAGAUUGUUAGUCAUGAUUGACGCACCUUUUUAUUUGAUUUUAAUUAGCCGUAUUCUUCUUCUUUUUUUUAUACCAACAAGCAGACAUUGUAGACUGAGACUACUCCACCUGUUCUUUGGUCGCACACUGAUUUAAAACGUUUCAUCGGUUCACCCUGCCUGUGAUGUUCCAUAAUUGAACAGCUGGAUGCACUAAUCGAUCUACCUUGAAAUUGUACAUAAAUCAUUGAAUUAAAUGAGAAUAAACGACAACAGAGAUCAAA